AUGAACAACUUCACGAUCUACACGUGUCCAGCGACCGAGGGCUAUCUCGUCUGCGGCAGAAAAAUCUUCAGAUUCUCAAAUUCACUCCUGGAAACAGCGGUGUCCAGGUGGAUUGUGCAUACAGACAGAGAGGGCCACAAGGCGAUUCGGAGACUCCUGAUCAAGACUUGGGUCGUCGCGCUGGACUGGAAAGAUGAGUGGAAGACUCGGCGGCCGAGCUGGCGGAAGCUCAGAGAGGAGCUCAAGAGCCAAGGCUAUGGUGAAGAUCGGGUUAUGGUGUCUGUAUCUUGUCUCUUCGACGAAUCUCAAAGUUGA